GGCCAUUGUUUGGCACUUCUGCUUGGUCAUUCAACGUAACGAUACACCUGUUUUUAGAGGGGAGACCGAGACCCCGCGAUCUCACAGGAUCACAUCAGGUCGUUUCGGUAGAACCAACCACACUGUCCACCUGCCUAAUCAGGGUAACAUCGUUCCCUGCACAAGCUUCUGUUGAGCGCGCGUCCAAAAGCGGCAUCUAGCACAUUAACAAGACAAGUCUUAGUGUGCGAUUAUCACUCCGGCUUUUUCGCUCAACUUAGGGUUGUCACAUUACCCGACUUUUGUCAACCGUCAGUCAAUUCUAGCCACGAGCUUUAGGUUUCUAACCUACUCCCCUCCCACAUCCUUUGUGAAGAGGGUUUGGCGCUCGAAAGCGGAUUCGCGCAGCUCGGAGAAAGCUGUAGGCGCGCGAUUUCUGACUGAUUCAAUUAUCAGCUUAUAUUGGAGAUCUGCGCAGUCGGAUACCCGCGUCCAGGUGACACAACAUAAAUCCGAGCACGCCGGGACUGGUCGCCUUUUAAGUGUGUUGCUUCAUAUUCUGGAAGUCGUCCAGGAUAUAGACACAUUUCUCUCCGAUUUUGUACCAUUAAGAGGUUUAAACACACAUAGUCAAGAUGUCUCUUGCGCGCGCCUUCACGACGAGGCGAAAACAAUCGUCGCAAGACUUGGGCAUACUGCCGCAGCGGAGCAAUACUACAGCCAGGAAAGAUUCCAUCUCCGUUCGCAACAAGAUCUCCGGCCCUAUGGCGCUCACCCAUACAACCAACAUGCUUGCAUACAAUGCGCCGGAUCUAUACCCUCAACCAGAGUCUUCUCCGACCGAAUCCAGCAAAUCUGAUGAUUCCUCCACUGAUACUCCCCGUACCAGCGCAUCGUCGCCGCCGACGAGUCCUGACCUGCCAUCCGCAACUCGACCAGGCUCGCCUGAGCCUAACCACCUUUCGUGUUAUUUUGUCGCCCCGGGUAACAAGCAGGCUCCACCAGUUGUGAAUGAGGCUCCAGUGAUUCCCAAGCGCUCGCCAUCGCACACCAAGAAGGCAUCUAUGGACAACCUGGCCAACAAAUUCUCGCGCUUAUCCAACCAAUCCAAUAAAUCUGUCUCCACCAAGGCGAGCUUUUCUCUUUCCCGAUCGUCGUCAACGUCGACAACGGCCACGAGCGUUUCAUCGGGCUCUUUUUCGCGGAAGCCGUCGAUAUCUUCACCCAGCGUGCCCGCAAUGCCUUCCAUGGUCACAUCACCACCCCCGGCUCGUCCCAAUUUCCGCCGUGACUAUUCCGACACGCAGCAUCCUUUUGGUCAAGAGCUGGCGCAGGUAUCAGAGCUCGCAGAGGAAUUGGGCGUGAAAGAGAAGAUGCAGGUGAUCGACGAAGAAGAGCAGGAGCUUAUUGCUAAGGGUCUCCGCUCGUUCCGACCUGAGGAUUACCUGGCCGAAGUUCAAGGGCUCUUCGCCACAUUCUUCAAACCCGAGCCUGCCGCGAUGGCUCCAGUGUGGAUUUAAACAGCAAGUGGAUCACUUUCAUCCCAUAUCUCGCCGCCGAAGAUAUGGGAUCACAGCAUCUGCGGCACUUCGAUGUACAUAUUGGGACAGUUUACAUACAAGUCUGCGCACAAACCUACCGAAUAAGGACAAACCUGGUACUGGAGACUUGGUGAUCAGAUUUACGGAUACAGUUGAGGAGUUACGGUUGAUAUUGCAUUCGAGGCUAGGUCGAAAAGAGGUGAUCAAGGCGUUCGAAGGCAGAUUUGCGAUUUGUGGAUUAAUACCCCGAGACACUUGGCACUCGACCUCUAGCGGUCAUUUCUUCUGUUAUUUUGUCGAGUUUUGGUGGAUUUAUGUAGGACACAACCUGUGGUCUACGAGGCAACUCUGGACUAUCAGGACAGAGAGCACAACACUUACCAUUUCAUAUGGAUAACGUCCUUUCUCUUUAUGAAUCAGGAUUAGGUAGUUUUUUAAACGACGAUCCGAAUAUCAAGAUGCGCAGAGAUAUGAAUGAGUAUUGAUGAGUUUUGAGCACCAGUCUUCUACUACCCACAAUGAAUUGUCCGUGAUACCGAGCACGUGUAAAUGGUCAUGAUCAACA